GGUGCAUUGUGGGUCCAACUCAAGAUGGCUGCGCCCUUGCAGAAGUGCUGAAGAAGUGCCUCUCCGGAGAAGCUGUCGGGAUUUCCGCGAACGCCGCCUCACCAAAUCGGCUCCGAGGGCCGCUGGUCUGUCGCAGGACACCACGCGGGCCCCGUCAUCGAUAAGUGCGGCCGGUGCCUCGUGUGGCUGUGGCAGACUGUCCGCGUGAAGAUGGGCCUCGUCUGCAGCCCCUUCCCAUAGCGAAGAGCCGUGGGGAGAGGAGCCGCAGAUUCCCGUGCAAACACGCGCCCGUCCAGCUCGGAUUUGACGGGUUCGACCUGCUGUACAGGCUGUGGACGCUGCCCUACCAUUUUCUCACCAGGAUUGUUUGUGCGACCGUGUCCGUCAUCGUCCGCCGGCGGAGAGGUUCCCCAGCGCGGGCAGAGAACCCCACAGCACCGAGGGCCCUGAUGAGAAUGGACGCGGACUUGCUUCAUUCACCGGCCGUGGGCCUCGCUGAGGAGGAGGAGGCCGACAUGAAUGACUGGAAGCUUCCCCUGGCCUUCAUGAAGAAACGGCACUCAGAGAAGAUUGAGGGCUCCAAGGCUUUAGCACAGAGCUGGAGGAUGAAAGACAGGAUGAAGACAGUGAGCGUAGCGCUGGUGUUGUGUCUCAACGUCGGAGUGGACCCCCCCGAUGUGGUCAAGACCUCCCCCUGCGCCAGACUGGAGUGCUGGAUCGAUCCUCUGUCGAUGAGUCCACAGAAAGCCCUGGAGACCAUCGGAGCGAACCUGCAGAAGCAAUAUGAAAACUGGCAACCCAGGGCACGUUACAAGCAGAGCCUGGACCCCACAGUGGACGAGGUGAAGAAGCUGUGCACGUCGCUGAGGCGUAACGCUAAGGAGGAGCGAGUGCUCUUCCACUACAACGGUCACGGGGUGCCGCGACCCACGGUCAACGGGGAGAUCUGGGUCUUUAAUAAGAACUACACCCAGUACAUACCGCUGUCCAUCUACGACCUGCAGACGUGGAUGGGAAGCCCGUCCAUUUUCGUCUACGACUGCUCCAACGCGGGAAUCAUCGUCAAGUCGUUUAAGCAGUUCGCCCUGCAGAGGGAGCAGGAGCUGGAGGUGGCAGCCAUCAAUCCCAGCCACCCACUCGCCCAGAUGCCCCUGCCCCCCUCCAUGAAGAACUGCAUCCAACUGGCAGCCUGCGAGGCCAGCGAGCUGCUGCCCAUGAACCCUGACCUCCCCGCCGACCUCUUCACAUCCUGCCUCACCACGCCCAUCAAGAUCGCUCUCCGAUGGUUUUGCAUGCAGAAGAGUGCCAAAUUGGUGCCAGGGGUGACGUUAGACCUCAUUGAGAAGAUCCCUGGCAGGCUCAAUGACAGACGCACUCCCCUCGGAGAGCUCAACUGGAUCUUCACAGCCAUCACCGACACCAUCGCCUGGAAUGUGCUGCCUCGAGAUUUGUUCCAGAAGUUGUUUCGUCAGGACUUGCUGGUGGCCAGCCUGUUCCGCAAUUUCCUUUUAGCCGAGAGGAUAAUGAGGUCAUACAACUGUACGCCGGUCAGCAGCCCUCGUCUGCCCCCUACGUACAUGCACGCCAUGUGGCAAGCGUGGGACCUGGCUGUGGAUAUCUGCCUCUCUCAGCUGCCCACCAUCAUCGAGGAGGGCACCGCCUUCAGACACAGUCCUUUCUUUGCGGAGCAGCUGACGGCCUUUCAGGUGUGGUUGACGAUGGGUGUGGAGAACAGAAAUCCUCCCGAGCAGCUCCCUAUUGUACUGCAGGUCCUCCUCAGUCAGGUGCAUCGGCUGCGGGCUCUGGACCUGCUCGGACGGUUUCUGGACCUGGGACCCUGGGCUGUCAGUCUGGCCCUGUCUGUCGGGAUCUUCCCCUACGUGUUAAAGCUGCUUCAGAGCUCAGCCAGAGAGUUGCGGCCACUGCUGGUUUUCAUCUGGGCUAAAAUCCUGGCUGUGGACAGUUCAUGCCAAGCUGACCUGGUGAAAGACAACGGACACAAGUACUUCCUGUCGGUUUUGGCGGACAGCUACAUGCCAGCCGAGCAUCGAACAAUGGCUGUCUUCAUAUUGGCUGUAAUCGUCAACAGCUACAACACUGGACAGGAGGCCUGUCUGCAGGGCAACCUCAUAGCCAACUGCCUGGAGCAGCUGUCGGACCCCCACCCCCUGCUCCGCCAAUGGGUGGCCAUAUGCCUGGGUCGCAUCUGGCAGAAUUUCGACCCAGCUCGCUGGUGUGGAGUCCGAGACAGCGCCCAUGAGAAGCUCUACACGCUGCUGUCGGAUCCCAUCCCCGAGGUGAGGUGUGCAGCUGUCUUUGCUCUGGGGACGUUUGUGGGAAACUCUGCGGAGAGGACCGACCACUCGACCACCAUUGACCACAACGUGGCCAUGAUGCUGGCCCAGCUCAUCAAUGAUGGCAGCCCUGUGGUCCGCAAGGAGCUGGUAGUAGCACUGAGUCACCUGGUGGUCCAGUAUGAAAGCAACUUCUGUACAGUCGCCCUCCAGUUUAUAGAGGAAGAGAAGAACUACACGGUGCCGUCACCGGCCAACACCGCAGAGCCUGGUAACCUGACCCCGGUGAGGGACAGCCCGGCCAUCCCGCGCCUGCGGUCCGUCAACUCCUACACCAACAUCCGAGCUGCUACCACUGCCCGCAACCUGAACAAGAGCCUGCAGAACCUCAACCUCAAUGAAGAGGGCGGACCAGCAGCCUUCUCUCCUGGUAACCUGAGCACCAGCAGCAGCGCUAGCAGCACCCUGGGGAGCCCUGACAACGACGAGUACAUCCUGUCCUUCGAAACCAUCGACAAAAUGCGACGGGUGUCGUCAUAUUCUUCCCUCAACUCCCUCAUAGGGGUGUCCUUCAACAGCGUUUACACUCAGAUCUGGAGAGUGCUGCUACAUCUCGCCGCUGACCCGUUUCCUGAAGUGUCGGAUCUGGCCAUGAAGGUCCUCAACAGCAUAGCAUACAAGGCGACGAUGAACGCUCGGCCUCAGAGGAUCCUGGACUCGGGCUCUCUCACCCGGUCGGCCCCAGCCAGUCCCACCAGCAAGGGCACGCACAUCCACCAGGCUGGUGGGUCUCCUCCCAUGCCCAGCACCAGCAGCUCCAGUUUGACCGAGGUACCCAAACCCCCCACCAGAGAGCAGCCAGCCACGCGGCCACCCUACACCCCAACACUGGGAGGACAAGCACCCCACUCCCACCAGUUCCCCCGCACCCGCAAGAUGUUCGACAAAGGACCGGAGCAGGCAGCCGAGGACGGUGACGAGCCGGGUGGUCACAGGAACUACAUCUGUCCCGCCCUCCAGACGGGCCUGUGUGAUUGGAGUGCCAAGUAUUUUGCUCAGCCUGUUAUGAAGAUCCCAGAGGAGCAUGACGUGGAGAGUCAGGUGAGGAUGGAGCGGCAGUGGAGGUUCUUGAGAAAUGCUCGUGUGAGAAGACAGAGCCAUUGUAUCACGCAGAGAGGUGUCUCCCGUCUGGAUGAUCAAAUAUUCAUCAACCGUAACCCUGGAGUACCGUCUGUCGUGAAGUUCCAUCCCUUCAACGCCUGCAUCGCUGUGGCCGACAAGGACAGCAUCUGUUUCUGGGACUGGGAGAAGGGCGAGAGACUGGACUACUUCUACAAUGGAAACCCUCGUUACACUCGCAUCACAGCCAUGGAGUACCUGAAUGGGCAUGACUGUUCGUUACUGCUCACUGCAACAGAUGAUGGAGCGCUGCGUAUCUGGAAGAACUUCGCAGACCAGAAGAACCCAGAGAUGGUGACGGCCUGGCAGGGUCUUUCCGACAUGCUGCCCACUACCCGAGGUCAGCCCUCUGCCAGCGCUCACAGUCUUGCCAGAAGGGUCUCCAUAUAUCUUGACAGGAGUAAGCAAGGAGGUGCGGGUAUGGUUGUGGACUGGGAGCAGGAGACCGGCCUCCUCAUGACGUCAGGAGACGUGCGAGUCAUCAGGAUCUGGGACACCGACAGGGAGAUGAAGGUCCAGGACAUCCCAACCGGAGCAGACAGCUGUGUGACCAGCCUGUCCUGUGACUCCCAGCGUUCGCUCAUCGUGGCCGGUCUGGGUGACGGAUCUGUCCGUGUCUUCGACAGGAGGAUGGGUCCUAAUGACUGUCGGGUGAUGACCUACAGGGAGCACGGAGCCUGGGUGGUCAAAGCUCAUCUACAGAAGGAAACAGAUGGACAUAUUAUCAGCGUCAGUGUUAACGGAGACGUUCGAUUCUUCGAACCUCGGACGCCAGACUCCAUCAACGUGCUGCAGACGGUGAAGGGGUUAACGGCUCUAGACAUCCACCCACGGGCCAACCUGUUCGCCUGUGGAUCGAUGAACCAGUUCAUCGCCGUCUACAACGCUAACGGCGACGUGAUCAGCAACAUAAAGUACUAUGACGGCUUCAUGGGACAGAGGAUCGGGGCCAUCAGCUGUUUAGCCUUCCAUCCUAACUGGCCACACUUGGCGGUCGGCAGCAAUGACUACUACAUGUCCAUCUAUUCAGCAGAGAAAAGACUCAGAUAACACACCAGCAUUCAGCAACCCCCCUCACCCACCCCCCCACCAAGAACACCACAUAUGACUUCUGACCCUGAGCCUCGAGCUCUGGGAUGUAAAUUACUUUUUUUGUUGUACAUAUGCAAUUACCACCCUGAAUGUUCUAGUGAUGGCUGCUGACAAAAACUGCUACGACUCUAUAUAUAUAUAUAUAUAUAUUAUUAUUAUUAUUAUUCUCAUUGUUUAAUCAUAUUCUCAUUAUGAAGCUAAUGAUUGUAGACUUGGCUGUGCGGAGGAGUGUGUAUAUUUAAAUAGUGUAUACAGAAGAAGAGAGGUCCUAUUUUAAAAUAAAGGGUACCCAGCGGUCACCGGGGCUCCUCCUCCUCCUCCUCGCCGCACAGCGAGCAUCACUACCUGGACGAACUGUGACCCAAACCGGACAUGGCGAGGGAGGGGGUCUCCCAGAGGACAACACACAGGCAAAAUACGUUCACUGGUGCGGGAGCCGCGGACCCGCCCUCUGCUGGAACCUGGUGUGUUUACAAAUUUAUUUUAAUGGCCGACUUUCAGCCAACCGACAGAGUUUUGCUGUAUCGCCGAACCGGUGGUGAGACGUUUGUAAGGAGACACCCAGAGGUGUUGGACUGCGCCCACUGACCAGGGAGACGUGGUGUGUGCGUGCGUGUGCUUGUGUGUGUUAAAAUGGAUUAUAGCACAGAUGUGCCCCUCGGUAGGCCUUCAUAGCCUUGGGCUUGAUGCCCGAAACAGACGCCUGCUCCGAUGCUAGAACUCUCCUUCUUGCCUCCCUGACCCCAGCGUGCCAAACAUAAUCAUUUUUUUCCCUUGCAAGCCCUGUCGUGGCUCAAAUGGGUGUUUUUGUUGGCUUAUUUGUUGUAUUUUUUUAAGUAUCACCUGUAAUAAGGGAAAACCUCCAUUGCCUCUAGGAUGAUACAUUAACCUUAUAUCUAGCACAGUGAGAGGAGAUCUAGAGACGGAGCACCCAGUCUCUAGAUCGCCUGCGGCGCCUGCCUCCCCUGCAAAGCAAUAAAUCCUCCCAUGAUUCAGCCUCAAGCCAAUAUAAACGUGAGCUGUGGGCUCCAGUCUGAAGGCAACAGCAGCAUUGCAUGCCACCGAUAGUUUAAGACAGUGAAGACUGCCCAGAACCCACUACAGCAAUACAAACACCCCAUUUCCAUCCAUUCAUGUUUUGAGUAUCAGAUGCAUCAAAUUGAAACAUCAGUCACAGGAAAAAAUAUCAAUUGAAUUGAUUUUCCUGUGAUUGUCUGAAUUGUCCAAAUCCCUCCCUGUGUGGAAUCAAAAGACAGUGAAAGAAUCUCUGCAAAAAACUUUUUUACCCAUGUCAGACAAACACUCGGCUCCCAAAAACCCACGUGGUGUUUACUUUUUUUGCCGUGUGCUGGCUGAUCUUUUUCUGGCUCAUGGCCAAACAUGGAUAGAAUUUUAGACCCUGGCUGUUUGUUGCUCGUCUCAGCCCAUUAAGAGGCAGCUUUCGUACUUCUAGUCGAGACGCCACCAGAGCGUGCAGCACUGUAGGUUUAGAAAAUGUUUGGGUCAUGGGUCAUUCUCACACCGAGAAUCACCUCACUGUUUUUCAUAAUCCUCUGUGAGGCUCGUUUUUUUUCCCCACAUCAUUGACUCUAUUUGGAUUUCAUUGCCAGUCGUGUUUGUUGUUGCUUUGAUUUUCUUAAACGAAGCUGGCGGCAUGACAUGUGAUGCGCGUUGAGGGAGGCCGCGUCACAGCGGUGCCACUUUCUUUAACUCUACCCGUCUGGUGAAGAGGCCGCUCUUAUUGUGAAGUUGGGUUUUUGUUGUUGUUGUUGUUGUUGUUGUUUUUUCGUGCAGUGUCACCAUCGUCGUCAUCUUUUCUCUGGGGCUGCUCCUUUGCUUAUUGAGUAUAUUUUAAUGAUUUUUCUCUUUCUGGUUUGUAAUUUUAUGUUUUUAAUUCUGCUGGCAUUUUGUUCGCCUUGGCGUCGGUAACGGUGGCAGGAAAGAGUGGGGACAGCCUUACCCUCACACACACACACACACACACACACACAAUCUUGCCAUGCCAACAUACCCUAAAAUACACCCCACCAACCAAUACUACCACCACCCUCCUUUCUUUCCUGCCACACCCACCCCUCAGCUGCCCUAGCUUUGCUUCCCCCCCCCCACAGAACGAGUGGGCUUGUGGACUCAAAGUGAACUGGGAACACACACAGUACAGUCUGGAGAAGCAGUCACCACAUCAGUCCCCACCACCACUCCCGUCACUGAGCUCUUUAACAGGCCUCCACUGCCGCACAGGCUCAGCCUAACUAGUCGAAGGCCUUUGCUCAGACACACAUUCAUCUCGAAGCAUCCUGCUUUGAGUUUUAAGAUUUUAGAUCUGGAGAGAAAAAAAAGAGACUUUAACAAAGUAGUAAGAAAGUAAAAAUGAAAACAAUCAGGUUUGUAUCUGUGACGUUUGACUGCUUUGCUGACUGUGGUUUAUGAGAGAGGAAAUGAAAUCCAUGAAAUAAACCAAAUACAGCACCGGA